AUGACAAAAAACGGCCCGAAUUCGGGCAGUCCCGACGAGCUGGCGCUGCUCCACGGCUUCAAGCAGCUCGGCGGUUUCAUUCUCGCCAAGGACGAAACGGUCGUGCGGCUGCGACUCCCGCGGGGCGGCGAGGAAACAUGGAAGAUCGAGCGAGUGAACGCGUUUUCGAGCGAGCGGAAGCGGAUGAGCGUCGUCGUCCGAAACGGGGAAACUGGGGAAAUCCGGCUCUACAUGAAGGUACGAAAUCGGGCCGAUUUCUGUCAUCCAGGGAGCCGACGACAGCGUGCUUCCCCGCUGCGCCCCCAGUCCCGCGGUUCUGGAUUCGGUCCGGCGGUCGCUUUCGCGGGGAACGCAGCGCGGCUACCGCACCAUGGUGUUCGCCUCCCGCGGUUUUUCGUCAGAAGCGUGGGAAGGCUUCGCGGCGCGCUUCGCUUCCGCGGAAAUCGCGGUGAAAUCGCGGGACCGUCUUCUGGUCUCGAUGUAUCCCCGCGGGGAAGUGUGCAGUGUAGCGAGGAGGACGUGGAGCGGGACGCGGACGCGCUGGGCACGUGCGCGAUCGAAGAUUCGUUGCAGGAGGGCGUUUCGGAGACCUUUCUGCGGAAGGGCGGGAUUCGGUUCUGGCUGAUCACGGGGGAUCACGUGGAAACGUCGCUCCAGAUUUCCCGCCAAUCCAAGAUUCUGCAGUGCGACGAAACGAAACUCCUCCGAUUGGAGGGAGCGUCGGCCAAUGAGCUGCGCGCCGCCUGGGACCGCGCCAAGGCCUCGCUCUGCCCCGCGGGGAGGAGCCUGGUGCUGACGGGCCGGUCGUUGGCGGCAAUCUUCGCGUGGGCGGACUGCCUGGACUUCUUCAAAACCGCGGUUCAGUUCGACUCGGUGCUGUGCUGCCGCGUGACUCCGAAGCAAAAAGCGGAAAUCGUGCGCUGGGUGCAGAAGGCGAGCAAGCACGUGACUCUGGCCAUCGGCGAUGGCGGGAACGACGUCAGCAUGCUGCUGCAGAGCGACUGCGGCGUGGGGAUCCGCGGGAGAGAGGGCGAGCAGGCUGCGCGCGCGGGCGACUUCGUGGUGCGGGAGUUUCGAUCGCUGGUGCGACUGCUGUGCGUGCACGGAGCGAGGGACCGGAGCCGGAGCUGGACGAUCACGGGGUAUUCGCUGUACAAAUCGGUGGUGCUGUGCGGGUGCCAGACCAUGUACUCGCUGUUCACGCUGUUCUCCGGAGCCUCGCUGUUCUGCUCGCUGCAUCUCACCUUCUACUCGAUCGUCCUCUUCGUUUUUUCUUUCUUUUUCUAUUUCGCUCAUUCUAGAUCCCCAUCGUCGGACUCAUCAUCAAACGCGUUCACUCCGACGAGGACCUUCUCUCCAACCCGCAGCUCUACGCCUACUCCAACGGCGCCGCGCCCGUCCAUUCGCAGGCCUACUCCAUCGGCAGCUUCCUCGCCAUUCUCGCGCUCGCGCUGGCGCAGGGCGUGA